AUGGGACGUGGGCUCAUCACAGACCUCCUCUCUCGGAGCUUAUGCUUCUCCCUCCAGUUCCUCCUCUAUGAGAAAGUCGCAGAGGUGACCAACCCUGGCAGUGAGAGCCUCCUACUUCACCGGACCAACGAUGCAUCCUAUAACUUAUCCAGAAGUCAGCUGCGGCUCGAAGAUGAACCCAUUCCCACCGAAUUGCAGCCGUACUUUGAGCAAGGGAAAAAGACUUACGAAUCAUUCAAGCUGAUUCUGGACAGGACUGCCUGGGAGCCAAUGACUACGAUGUCCGAUGACGUCAUCAAAAUCGCAAGUGCUUACAACAGAGAAAGUGGCAUCACCAUGUUUUACCUUGAGUUGGUGGUGAACGUCUCAGCUGAAGUGGUUUUCCGGGAAGACUGGGAUCAUGUGCCAGAUUACCCAAAGUGGAAUCCCAACUUCCUUCACACGGAAGUCGUCCUUGAUAUCACGUCGAGAUGUCGCUUGACUUACCAAGUGACUACCCCGAUCGGGAACGGCCUGAUCUGGAGCAGGGACGCCGUGACCAUCGCGUAUUGGAACAAGGAAGGCGAUGCGACCUACCUCGCCUUCUCCAGCACCUCCUGGCCGGCAUUGCCUCCGUCCAAUCGAUAUGUCAGGGCGACGUUCUACCCUCAAGGAUUCGUUUAUUCUCCGCUGCCUGGCGAUCCCGAGAAAACCCUCGUCCGGUGGGUCUAUCACGUGGACGUCCAUCUGGCUUUCGUCCCUGCGCGUGUCCUCAACCUCGUCCUCCCGAAGGCCUGCCGGGACAGCUUUAUGUACUACCGGAAACACGCGGAAGACUUGAUGAAGGAAUGGAAGGGAGAGUGACUCUUGCAUUUGGUGUUGCAUAUUAAUCUUAAAUUAUUAGGACUGCAUACUCCCACGGCAUGAAAUAACACCGGAGCUCCUUCCUUCCUGCAUCGAACACCCCAUGAAAAUUAGAUCUCAUUUCACGAACUUGCGGACGUAUUAUUGAAUAUGCAGAGGAGCCUGAUCCCGAUGUUUCUUACACUGUUUUGUGCCUUCGGGGUUACGAAAGGACCAACUCUGCAAGUUACUCGUCUCCCCGCUUCACAUUCCCCAUCCUAGAAUUCGAAGAAGAACACGACCUCACAUUCACAUUCAAAAC